AUGUCCGAUAGAUUGCGGACGCCCCAUAACAGGUCGCGUCACGGCAAUGUCGAUAGGUCUCGCAGUAGGCCGCGUAGACGUGAUUCUAAUCGUGAGCCGCGUGGGCAGAGCCCUGGCUGUAGAUCUUAUAGGCGGAAUAAUGAUCGUAGGUCGCGCAGUCGCACUCGAACGCCCUCAGCGUCACGUGAUGGAGGUUUUAUCAUGCAGCAGACUUUAAAUUCAAUUUUAACAAAAUUGAAUGCACUUGAAAAUAAUAACAUUUUGUCGAAUAAUACUCAUAACCGUGAAUGCGUGGUUCAAACAGGAUCGGUGGUUACUUGUGCUCAGGAUCUACCCGAAAUGACAGCUGAUAGGGCGGUUCUGAUGAGACGCCGUUUUGAUGAUAUUGAGUGUACUUUGGUGCUGGUUGGUGGACAUGCGGACUCUAUGCCUCUGUCCUUCGUGCAGACACGCGGACUCGAUGCCUCUGUCUUACGUGCAGACAUGCGGACUCUAUGCCUCUGUCCUACGUGCGGACAUGCGGACUCUAUGCCUCUGUCCUACGUGCGGACAUGCGGACUCUAUGCCUCUGUCCUUCGUGCAGACACGCGGACUCGAUGCCUCUGUCUUACGUGCAGACACGCGGACUCGAUGCCUCUGUUCUGUGUUGAGAUACGCGGACUCAAUGCCUCUGUCUCAUUUAUAGGUUGGAAUCGCCACAGUAGCAAAGCUCCGACGACAACGAGCCCGUUGCUGGACCGACGUGGGCACCAGACUACAGGUCAACAUUGCCAAGCUUACCGUGACUUGAUUGGACUCCGGUCAUCGAGGAGUCGAGGACAACUCCACGUCAGGAGAGGCCGAAUUAGUACGCUCUCCCACUACAAGUUAGCAACUACCCCCAACUCCUAUAUAAGAAGCGCGCACGUUACCAACGGCUCAUUAGCUGGCUGGCGCUCGGACUGUGAACAUUGCUCUUGUCGUGACCUGUUUGUGUGGUAUAUAACUUAA